AUGAAGUUGGUUAUUCUGCUGGCUCUGUUCGUCAGCCUCGCCCAGCACAACCCCCACACCAAGCAGGGCAGGACAGCCAUCGUGCACCUGUUCGAGUGGCGCUGGGCUGACAUCGCUGCAGAGUGUGAGCGCUUCCUGGCUCCUAAUGGCUUCGGUGGAGUUCAGAUCUCCCCUCCAAAUGAGCACAUUAUUAUUAACAAUCCCUGGAAGCCCUGGUGGCAGAGAUACCAACCAAUCGGCUACAACCUGUGCUCCAGAUCCGGCAAUGAGGACGAGCUGAGGGACAUGAUCACCAGAUGCAACAACGUUGGGGUCAACAUCUAUGUGGACGCUGUCAUCAACCACAUGUGCGGCUCCAGUGGUGGUGAGGGAUCCCACUCUUCAUGUGGAAGCUGGUUUAAUGCGAACAAUAAAGAUUUCCCCACUGUUCCCUUCAGCCAGAGCGACUUCAAUGACCACAAAUGCAGGACUGGAAGUGGCAAUAUUGAGAACUAUGGUGAUGCCAAUCAGGUUCGCGACUGUCGCCUGGUCAGUCUGUUGGACCUCGCUCUGGAGAAAGACUACGUCAGGGGAAAGGUGGCUGACUUCAUGAACAAGCUGAUUGACAUGGGGGUGGCUGGAUUCAGAGUGGAUGCCGUCAAGCACAUGUGGCCCGGUGAUCUGUCUGCUAUCUACGGUAGUCUGCACAACCUGAACACCAAGUGGUUCUCCGGUGGCUCUAAACCUUUCAUCUUCCAGGAGGUUAUUGAUUUGGGAGGUGAGGCCAUCUCGUCUAGAGAGUAUUUCAACCUGGGAAGAGUGACUGAGUUCAAAUAUGGUGCCAAACUUGGAACUAUUUUCAGAAAAUGGGACGGAGAGAAGCUGUCUUACACCAAGUCCUGGGGAGAGGGAUGGGGCUUCAUGCCCAACGGAAAUGCUCUCGUCUUUGUUGACAACCACGACAACCAGAGAGGCCAUGGUGCUGGAGGGGCGGCCAUUGUUACCUUCUGGGACCCCAAGCUUCACAAGAUGGCUGUCAGCUACAUGCUGGCCCACCCUUACGGAGUAACCAGGGUCAUGUCUAGCUUCCGCUGGAACCGCAACAUUGUCAAUGGAAAGGAUCAGAAUGACUGGAUGGGUCCUCCCAGCCAUGGUGAUGGAUCCACUAAGCCUGUUCCCAUCAACGCUGACCAGACUUGUGGAGACGGAUGGGUGUGUGAGCACAGAUGGCGUCAGAUCAAGAACAUGGUUAUUUUCCGCAACGUGGUCAACGGACAGCCUCACUCUAACUGGUGGGACAACCAGAGCAACCAGGUUGCCUUUGGACGUGGCAAUCGUGGUUUCAUCGUCUUCAACAAUGAUGACUGGAACCUGGAUGUCACCCUGAACACUGGCAUGCCCGGUGGCACCUACUGUGAUGUCAUUUCUGGCCAGAAGGAAGGAAGCCGCUGCACAGGGAAGCAGAUCAAUGUUGGAGGUGAUGGCCGUGCCCACUUCAAGAUCAGCAACAGGGAUGAGGACCCCUACGUUGCUAUUCACGCUGAUUCCAAGCUUUAACCAGUACAAUGUCAAAUAAAUAUUAAUUUCAAACUUGAAUU